AGUAUCAACAUGUCAUGCAGGACGGAAGCAACACCCCUUCAUCUCUAGCACCCUGGAACAGGAAGCGACCCAACUCUGACAGUGACGACAGCUCCUCUGGCCCUCCCUGCAAAAGAUUCCAAACCUCACUCAACCUCGCCAAACCUCAUUCAGCUCCCCUUAACCUCGCUUCUAGCUCUUCUGCUGGAUUCCAGGGAGCUGGAGGCAGCAGUAAAAACCCGAACUCUACACAGUACUCGCAGAUAAAUGAGGUUCUGAAGAAAGCACACUUUUACAGCCGAGCUAUGAGAGCCAACAUCAACAACAGGAGAACACAAUAACAAACACAAUAAUGACAUAAUGUUCAAACAAUCGAUCACGUGAUAUUGAUCUUCAAAGUCGAAUUCAUUUGUUUAUUUGAUUGCACUCUGAUUGCAGUUAAGAUUGCACUUUGAUUGCACUAAAAUUGCGCUCAGAUUGCACUCUGCUUGCACUCAAGAUGUGCUCCUCUAGAUCCUUUACCACACAGAACUAUGUUUGUGUUCCGUGAAUACUCUGAAUAGUUUACUGUGUUUACUAAGCGGCUGAGUAUAUGGGCGUGAAUAUGUUGCUCCAGUGUUAAUAGCAGCUAUCUCUAUUGAAUUAGUAAAGUGUACACAACAGUUCUCAGUGUAUUUAUUGUACUAAUCUGAAUAAUACGUGUUAUCGGUAAUUGCUGCUCAGUUAAAUUGGAUGGAACUGCUAAUUAUUUGUUUCACUAACAGUUCAUUUUUAGAAAGUUUAAUUGAUAAUUAUGUGAUAUAAUAAUACUAUGUUGUUGUUAAUAUUUUAAUGGGUAUAUGUCAUUAAAGGCGUAAGCUAACGCAUAGCGCUGCGCGAUGAAAUGUCUUACAUAAUUUGAAUUUAUAAUUCUAUGAUUUGUUUGUACUCGGAAUGUUGGAAUUUGUUUGCGGAUAUUUUUUUAAAUGAUCUGGAAAAUAUCUUGUCACUUAACUACCCUUGUCACUCCCAUAAUAUGAUAAAUAAUUGUAAAGCUUAUUUUUGUCAGAU